GCCUCUUCCGGUGAUCGCUGCGGUUGCUGUCUGUCAGGGCAGCCUGAUCAUGGCGAUGCCCUUGUGGGUGCGGGCGCUGCGGCUCUCCGGGGCCGCCCGGCUCCUGCGCUCUCCUCGCGUACAGAAUCUCCACACCAGCCCCGCUCUGGCCUCCAAGGCGCCCGUGUCCACCGCAACGGGUCACGGUCACCACGACCAUGAGGAUGAUAUGACCGACUCCUAUACCAGGAACCCGGACUGGCACGGAUUCAGCGAGGAUCCGGAAGCAGAUGUCCAGAAUAUGCGGACGGUUAUGUUCUGCGGCUUUUCGCUUUGCCUCGUGCUGGGGUCCGUCUUUGUGUAUUAUCUGCCACCGAGGAAGAUGAAGCACUGGGCCCGUAGAGAAGCAGAGCUCCAGAUAAAGAAGAGAGAGGCUCUGGGUCUCCCUCUAAUUGACAUGAACUACUGUGACCCUGCCUCCCUGGUGCUGCCGCCCCUUGAGGAAGACGAGUGACCACUGUUCUACGUUCCUCCUUUCAAUAAAGUGUGUGUUAUGUAUUA